AUGCAACGAACAAACUAUGGAAACCCUCCUCCCGCAACAUCUCCACCACUUCACCAUCCAGUCCCUCAACACGUUUCUACAGUCCCCCAGCUAAGAUCACCACCUCCUCCUAUGCCUCAGCAUCAGCAAUCGUAUGGAAACCCGUACCAGCCGCAGGCGGGUGUGGGUGCGGGGGGGAAUAAUGCCUUUGGCGCAUAUGGGGGAUUCAUAAACGACCCUACUGCGCAGAUGGGAUUUCAAGUUGGACAGACCGCAUUGAAGCAUGGAACAGAUUACGUAGAACAAAACUUCAACCGCUAUGUCAACGUCUCUGCGCUGAAGCAUUACUUCAACGUCUCGAACUCCUACGUCCUUAAUAAGAUAUUCCUAGUUCUCUUCCCCUGGAGGCAUAAACCAUGGUCCCGCAAGCAAUCAAUAGGCCCAAAUGGUCAGGAGGGAUGGUUUCUGCCUCCGAGAGACGACUUGAACAGUCCGGACAUGUAUAUUCCUAUCAUGGCGCUAGUUACAUAUAUCAUUCUGUCCACAGUCCUAGCGGGUCUCCGAGGCGCAUUCCAACCAGAAUUGUUUGGGUAUACAGCAACAUGGGCUUUGUUCAUUGUUAUUAUUGAGAUCCUAGGUCUCAAGCUUGGAUGUUACCUUUUAUCCAUUUCAAAUGAUUCCCAACUUCUUGACCUGGUUGCCUAUUCGGGGUACAAGUUUGUAGGGAUCAUUGUCACCUUGGUGAUCAGCGAAGUGUUCAACAAAGGAACGGGAACUGGUGGUUGGAUGGGGUGGACAAUAUUCGGAUAUUGUUUUCUAGCAAAUGCUCUAUUCCUAUUGCGGUCUUUAAAAUACGUCCUUCUUCCAGAGAACUCCAGCGACGAACGAGGAACAAUGCAAACGGUGGCACGAUCACAAAAGAGCCGAAGAACCCAAUUUCUCUUCUUAUACUCAUACCCUGUACAACUGAUCUUCAUGUGGGCGCUUACAUCGAUGUGA